AUGGGGGAAAAUAUGGUAUAGAGCCUCAGCUCUGCAAAUCGCGAACUCAAGCCCAAGCUGUCAGUCUGUGGCAUCCUCGAUAGGCGAUUCUCAAUCCACCGCCAACAUGUCCGGCAGCACGGCGCCGCCGCACGUCGUGGAGGACUUCUUAGGCGUCAUCCAGAUCUUCAGCGAUGGUUCCAUCGUCCGCGGCGACGAGUCGACCAUCAUGCCGGCAGGGCCGUGCCCGGACGUCCCCGGCGUCCAGUGGAAGGACGCCGUGUACGAGGCGACUCGCGGCCUCAAGGUCCGCGUGUACAAGCCGCCGCCGACCCCCGGCGGCGGCAACCAGGGCAAGCUCCCGGUGCUGGUGUACUUCUACGGAGGGGGCUACUGCGGCGGCGCCUACGACCACCCCUUGUUCCACUCCUGCUGCCAGCGCUUCGCCGCCGAGCUCCCCGCCGUCGUGCUCUCAGUCCAGUACCGCCUCGCCCCGGAGCACCGCCUCCCCGCGGCGGUAGAGGACGGCGCGGCGUUCUUCUCCUGGCUGCGCGCGCAGGCGCAGGCGCAGCCUGCUGCACCGGGCGCCGCCGACCCGUGGCUCGCCGAAUCGGCCGACUUCUCCCGGACGUUCGUGUCCGGCGGGUCGGCCGGCGCCAACCUGGCCCACCACAUCGUGGUCCGGAUCGCCUCUGGGCAGAUCGCGCUCGGCGCCGCGGUGCGCGUCGCCGGGUAUAGGGCUGGAAAAAAAGCUCGAGCUCGACGAGCUGGCUCGGGCUCGCGGCAGCUCGGCUCGGCUCGGACCGGCUCGACGCUCCGAACGAGCCCGAGCCGAGCCUGUUUUUCUGGCUCGUGAAAAGAGCGAGCCAGCUCGGCUCGGCUCGGUGCAGCUCGCGAGCUGGCUCGUGGCUCGACCCAACAACAAUUUGUUACAUAUAAUCUUAAUUAGCAUAUAAUAUUAAUAUCGAGUAGACAAUUAAUUUAUGUUAUUUGAAAUUACUAUACAAAAAUAAUCUAUUUUAUAUAUUAUAUUAGUGAUAUAUCUAUUUUACUAAUUUAAAAUAUGUUAUUUAAAAUAUUUUUAAGAUUUUAUAUUAUAAUUUAGAGAGUAGAUUUAAUUUUAUGCCUAGGCUCGUUGGCUCGGCGAGCCGGCUCGCGAGCCAGGAGCGAGCCGAGCCGAGCCGCUUUUUCGAGCUCGUGAGAUGGGCGAGCCGAGCCGAGCUCGGCUCGUUACACGAGCGAGCCGCAGCGAGCCGAGCUCGGCUCGGCUCGUGCCGUCCUCUUCUCCGCAUUCUUUGGCAGCGUCGAGCGCGUGGCGACGGAGUCCGAUCCCCCGGCCGGCGUGUACCUGACGGUGGAAACGAUUGACCAGCUCUGGCGCAUGGCGCUGCCGGUGGGGGCCAUCCGGGACCACCCGCUGGCGAACCCGUUCGGCCCGGGCAGCCCGAGCCUGGAACCGCUGCCGCUGCCGCCGGCGCUCGUCGUGGCGCCCGAGCGCGACGUGCUGCACGGCCACGUGUGGCGCUACGCCGCCAGGCUCAGGGAGAUGGGGAAGCCCGUGGAGCUCGCCGAGUUCGCGGGAGAAGGGCAUGGCUUCUCUGUCGGACCGUGGAGCGAGGCGAGGGAUGAGCUGAUGCGAAUCUUGAAGCGCUUCGUGAACCAGGGCGCUGCUCUCGGCUGAGGUGAAUUUGUCGCUAUUGCCUUAGGCUGAGUCCAGUGCACAGCCUCUCUCUCGCCCCUGCCACGUCAGCUCUCGCCUCCACUCUCACUUCUGCUGCUCCAGUGCACAGGCUGUAGCAGGCUAUAGCCUCAGCCCAUAACCACAUCAGCUUUUCUAUUUCAGGAUUAAAUAAUUCACACAGAUUUAUUUCAA